AUGGCAGAAUUAGGGCACAUGGAUUUGCAAGACAUUCGAUCCAAGCCAUGGAAGUGCCCAAGGUGCGAUUCGCCCGACACCAAAUUCUGCUAUUACAAUAACUACAAUUACUCUCAGCCUCGCCACUUCUGCAAGACCUGCCGCCGCUACUGGACCAUCGGCGGUGUCCUCCGCAACGUUCCUGUUGGCGGCGGAAAUCGCAAAGCGAAGAACAGUUCGAAGCUGAAGCCGAAGGCUGCAAUGAUCGUGAGAGAUUCGCCGUCGUCGAAAUCGAAUUCGUGGAAGUCCGAUUUGGAAAUCCUCCCGUCGCCGCUGAAGUUGAAUCAGGGGGAUCCGCCGGCGGAGAAAGGGGCCAGGGGCGAGGGAUUUGGAUCGUUGGAUCAUUUGCCGACAAGUGAUGAAACCGAACGAAUGGAUGAGAUUACCGGUGGCGUUGCAAUCGGAAAUCACGAAUAUUUAAAUUAUACAAAAUAA